GGCUGCUGGUUUGCAGAUUGGGCUGAGUUGGACCCAGACUGGGAUCGAACAGUUUGGCCAUUUGGAACGUUUUGAAUCGCAGAAGCGCCCCGGGCCCGCGUUCGAAUGGAACGUUCCCCGGACUUGACACUUUGUAACGGCGCGUGCGGCCGCCCCAUUGGCUGCAAAAGUCCCGAGGACGUGACGGGCGCUACAUAAAUGGAGGCCCUUGAAGCAAAUGAGGAAGUUAACGGCCUGCUGGAUUUAUCCCGUUGCAAUAAAACCCUCCACGCCCAUAUGCACGCAAGCCCGAUUUCUUGCAAUCGGCCCGAAGAGAUUUAGAGAGGACAGCGACUGCAUGGUGGAGAUUGGAAGAUGUUGUCUUUAGGCAGGUUGUCCUGGGAGGUCCGGGUAUCACUGGCAGCUGCGGCUGUGCUUUGCUCCAUGGUCAUUUCCAGGAGUUUAAGGGACUACUUUGAUCAGCCGACCCUGGUGAAGUUAUUCCGUGUGCAGUUCCUGCUCUUUGUCAACUGCCUCAUGUCAAUCGGCUCGAGGUACAUCUGGAAAAGAACCGUGUCCAACCCGCAGACUUUCUGUCCACUUCCCUGCAAUGCCUCCAAGUGUUUCACCGCCUGGAAGAUCACCGUCUCGCUUUUUCUCUUUCUGGCUCAUUCCAGUUUCUUCACCCUGCUGGCUUUGGUGUCAGAAGAGCCUCACAUCUUCUCCCUGGUCUCCUACACCUGCUUAGGGAUGUACAUUUUCCUCAUUUUUAGCCUCCUUGUUUUGGGGCUCCUGGAACAGGCCCAGAAGCUAGUGCCAUUCAGCCGGGCUGCUCCCAGUCACAAUCGGCAUGUGCUUAAGUUGCUCCUGGCCCUCCUGUUUACUGUUACCUGCACUGUUCUGGGGCUUCACAAUGCAAGCCAGCCUCCUCUCAUCAAACAGGUGGAAAUACCUGUCCACAAGUUACCUCAGUCAUUCCAUAAUUUGAGGAUGGUUUUAUUGGCUGACAUUCACUUAGGGCCUACAGUAGGAAGGACCAAACUUGAAAUGGUUGUGAAGAUGGUUAAUGAACUAAAUCCAGAUAUCAUUGUGAUUGUUGGUGACCUCACAGACUCUCAGGUAGUCAACCUCCGAAAAGCCACAGAGCCACUACGACAGCUGAUGCCAAAAUUAGGGACAUACUUUGUUACAGGUAACCACGACUAUUACAGUGUUGACGUCACUAACUGGUUUAAGCAUCUGCAAAUGUUAAAAAUCCGUCCACUCCACAAUGAACACGUCAAGAUUUACAGCCCUAGUGGGAACAAGGACUGGUUCUGUCUGGCUGGGGUUGAUGACAUCGAAGCAGAGAUGUUACGGUAUCCUGGACAUGGUAUGGACUUAAAGAAAGCAUUGGAUGGUUGCAGUACCAAAGAUGCUGUAGUGUUGCUGGCACACCAGCCAAGAGCUGCUAAACGCGCCCUACAAAGCAGGCCAGACAUCAGCCUGAUUCUCUCAGGUCACACCCAUGGUGGGCAGAUUUUCCCUCUGGCAAUUGCUGCUUAUUUUUUGAAUCCAUAUUUUGAAGGUCUUUACAAAGCUGGUGAGAACAGUUUAGUGUACGUAACUCCUGGGACAAUUUACUAUGGAAUUCCAAUGAGACUUGGAAGCAGAGCAGAAAUAACAGAAAUUAUCUUAAAGACUGGAUGAACUGCAGGUCCUCCUUUUCAGAAUCAUGACUGUUACACCAGGGCAAUGAGUUUGAAGAAUGAGUAGGUAAUCUGUUUGUAUGAUAAUUAAUAGAUCACUUGAGUUAAUUGUUUUUGAGCAGAUCUAUACAUAUUUUUGCCAAUGAUUGUACUAUUGUCACUAAGAUUGAUCGAUUAUAACAAUGCAGUUACAAUGUGAGGGUGAGGGUAAGAAGCAGCACAGUUUAUCAUUUUUACAUAUGCAGCCUUUUUGUAAUCUCCAGGUGAACCAGGUGACCUGUGUUAGAGUGUCUCCUGGCCUCCUCCGCUGAUUACUUGGGCACUGAUUGAACAGGGCCUGUGAAUGACUCUCCAGUCGCCAUCCACUCUGUGCCAACUCACAGCAGCAUGCUGAAUCCAAUAAUUCAAUGUGUGGCAGAUGCUGGAUCCAAUCCAUGGCACUGAUACACUGUUCGAAAAUAAAUGGACAGUUUUCAAUGCAUAUUACAAAAUGUAAUCCUAAUGUGCAUUUAUUUUUUAUUCUCACUUUGCUGACCUCCAUUAGAUACUAAAUUAAAUUGAAGGCAUUUUGUUCCCUAGUUUUCUAUGUUUGUUUCUCAUUCAGAUUUGUUAUUUGUCAAAAUUACCACAAUUGUCACUGCAAUUUAUUAAUAUCCUAAAUUACUGGUAAUCUUUUGAAUUGCUCAACAUGAUGUGAUGUUAACUGCUGCAUCGUUUGACAGUGGGUAUGUAAAUAUUAGAGAGACUGUUCUUUUCUUGAUGUAAUUUCUCAUCAUUUGUCUUGAAUUUAUACAUCAGGGUGUAUUUUAAUCUCUGAGAAAUGCCUUGCAAUUUAUUCAAAUUUGUAAUACUUUCCAUGCUUCUUGAAAGUUUAAAAACUGUUCACACUGAAUUAUUGUUGCAGAUUUUAGGAUUUUUGUCAUGCCAUUCAUUCUUUUGAGAAUGGUAGACUGUGUACCGAAAGUGUUUUCCACUUCAGACUAAUGUAGGUUACCAAAUGCUUACCUCUUUUGGCGCCUGAUGGAACUCUUUUGAUGGAGUUUGCAGUUACUUGUCUCCUGUAAAAAUCAGCAGUAAGUCUGUGAAAAUCUGAAUAGAAUUACCUAACCAGAUGUUUUAUAUCCAGUGAGAAGCUCCUAGCAACCUAGUCAAGUCAUAGAAAACAAAAUUUAAAGAAAUCUAAUCCUGUUCACUUGAAGUUUUUUCACAAAAUGCUUAAAAGUUAACCGGCACAAUAAUUUGAAUUAUGCCAGUUCAAGUAAGAAAUUAUUGUUAAAAAAUGAAUUUUCAGCUAAUUUCAAGGAUGCAGCUUUGAAUUGACUGGACUUUUGUUAAUUUUCAGCAGCUUACUUGACUGACAAGGGGUGGGGAAGAUAAGCUUAAUUUAAAAUGUUCAUGUGAAAUAAAACAAAAUACUCAAAACCACAGUAUAUGCAAGUGAAAAAUUGGGCAAUUUCUUUUGAUAUCGCACCUUUCAUCAGAAGCCAGUUGUUACUUUUUGGAAGAAACAUUUUGUUUUUAAGUCAACCUUGUUGUUUUCGAUAGAGUACAGAGAUUGAGUAUUGCUUAAAAAAAGAGGUAGGCUGCCAAAACUUUUUUCUUGCACUCAUCAGGACAGAAACCAGAAUGCCGAAUUUCAAAGGGUGCAACAACUUGUACUAUAUGAGAAAAGGAUGCUGAUUGGUUGGCAAGUCGACUCUGGUCGCAGUGUUACCAUGGCACAUGCACCAGGGAACUAUUGUCCCCCCCAUUUAUGUUCAGUUCAAAAAGGUGCAAUGCCUGGACAUGUUACUUUUGCCUGCAAGUGACAGAUCCCUGCGUAUGAAUAUGUAGCUUCUAGCAAGCGUAAAUGAGCCACAUUGCGUGCCCAACUGGUAAUCUUAAAUUGGAUGUUUUUGUAAUUAUUAGCACACUCAGGGUUGUUCAUCAAGUGCUGUCCUAUUGCAGAAUUACAUCUAAUAGUAGACAUGAUGUUCUGCAUUUUGCUAGUAUAGGGUGGUUAAAAGUACGGUCAGUACUCUGCCUUUUGUGAAUAGCUGAAGGGACAUGCUGUUUAGUAUGAUCCGCCAAUUGUCGAGACAUACAACCUAUGUUUCUGGCAUUGCACCAGCACUGAAAUUCAUAUACAACAUUGUGUUGCUACUGCAUAGUAGCAGUGUCAAACUUCACCUGUUGAUCAAAUUUUUGAGAUAGCCACACAAUUGGCAUUUUCCAAUAUCAGAAUGCUGCCAUCAAGCCAAAAAGACAUUCUGCCUACCGCACAAGUGAAUAAUAUGGUUGAUGAAUUUCAGUGCCUCUGUGAUGCCAGGGACGUUGACUGUACAUCCCAAUGACUGGUGGAUUGUAUCAAACAGCAUGUCCCUUUGGCUGUUCACAAUAGACAAAGUACUGAUCAUAUUCCACCAUCCCUUGCUUGAAAAGCUCAGAACACAAUGUCUACUGUUAGAUGUGAUUCCGUGAUUGGACAUCACUUGCUGAACAAUCCUGAGUCUGCUCAGAAUUAUGCUAAUGACCAAUUUAAGAUUAUCCGUCGGGCUUGCAAUGUUGAUCAUUAUGCUUUCCAGAAGCUGCAUUUAUUCAUACACAGAGCCCUGCCCUCCAGAGGCAAAAAGAACAUGUCCAGUCACUGUGCCUUUUUUAAAAAUUAUACAAAAACUUAGGGUCAAUAGAUCCCUGGUGAAUUCUCCAUGGUAAUGCCUCAACCAAUCAGAGUCAACUUGCCAACCAAUCAGCACCUAUUUCUCGUGCAGUAUAAAUGGUUGCUCCCUUUGAAAGUUGGCAUUCUUGCAUCUGUCCUGAUAAGUGCAAAAUGAAAAGCUGUGGCAGCAUACCUCUUUUUCAACAAUAUUUGUUCUUUUUGUUGCUUUCAAUCAACUCCAAUUUGGUACAGAACACAGACCAUCUUUUGUGCGCUAUGGUUAAAGUAGAAUAAGUAGACCUAAUCUAAUAUUUAGGCGUAACAAAAAUCUAGCACUACAGUGGAAAGGCAAUGUUGCAUUGGUUAGAUGUGAAGGCUGGUUCUGAAAUGCAGCAAAGCUUAACAGCAAGCCAAAUAUAUUUACCAGAACUUUUGGACUUUGUGGUCAUUUUAUCCUGUGGAAUCUUGUCUUUUUCUGUUUAAAGAUUAAUAAAUUUUAUUCUACCAAAA